GGUGCUGCCGCCGCUGCCGCGGCUGCUGUGCUGAAGCCCGGCACAGGGGCUCGCCGGCUCUCGCACGCAGCGGCGGCGGCGGAGCGCGUCGCGUCGAGAGGAGCGAGCGGGGAGGAGGAGGAGAAGGCGGAGGAGGAGGUGGAGGAAGGGGAGGGGGGCACCUUCUCGGAGAGGAUGCCCGGAGCGGCUGCAGGGACGGCGGCUACAGGAGCAGGCUCGUCAGGAGCGGUAGCAGCGGGGAUGCUCCCAGCUCAGGAGGCAGCCAAGAUCUACCACACCAACUACGUGCGGAACUCGCGGGCCAUCGGCGUGCUCUGGGCCAUCUUCACCAUCUGCUUUGCCAUCGUCAACGUGGUGUGCUUCAUCCAGCCGUACUGGAUCGGGGACGGCGUGGAUACCCCGCAGGCGGGCUACUUCGGGCUCUUCCACUACUGCAUCGGCAACGGCUUCAGCCGGGAACUCACCUGCCGGGGCAGCUUCACGGACUUCUCCAGCCUGCCCUCGGGAGCCUUCAAAGCUGCGUCCUUCUUCAUCGGGCUCUCGAUGAUGCUCAUCAUCGCCUGCAUCGUCUGCUUCAUCCUCUUCUUCUUCUGCAACACAGCCACCGUCUACAAGAUCUGUGCCUGGAUGCAGCUGACCUCGGCUGCCUGUCUCGUCCUGGGUUGUAUGAUUUUUCCUGAUGGCUGGGAUUCAGAUGAGGUAAAACGGAUGUGUGGUGAAAAGACAGACAAGUACACGCUGGGGGCUUGUUCAGUCCGCUGGGCAUAUAUCCUGGCAAUUAUUGGAAUCUUGGAUGCCCUGAUCCUCUCAUUUCUGGCAUUUGUGCUUGGAAACAGACAAGACAGCUUGCUAGCAGAGGAGCUCAAGUUGGAAAACAAAGAUGAUGGAAAUGCUUAAAGCAAGUGCAGGUAGUAUGACCCAGACUAACUCCUACUAAGCCAAUCCUCACUAGAAUGAGCACAAAACAAAUGAAUAACAGCUUUUGUACAUCAACAUUAAAAUGGGAAGAAGCUUGGGAAAGGGCCUCCAACAGAGAAGAAUGCUGACAAGUGCAAAAAUGCCUGAUGGAUAAGCACCACCUUCUAAACAUAGAUCAGCCAGACAUGGAAGUGAUUUCAGAAGAGAAAUGCAAUCAUGGAUUACACACCAGCUCAUUAGAAACUGUUGCUGAAUUCAGCAUCCAGAAGACAUGCAUGAAAAGUCACAUUUGGGGAAUAAAUUAAAAGGGGUGUAGUUGUUGCUAGAUAAACAUAUGUAAUAUAUAUGCAUUGAAGAGGUUUGUAAAUGUCAUUUUUUUUAUUCGGACGGAAAGCAAAAAGCUUUAAAACCUUUCACAGUAGAGAGGCAGUUAACUUCAGACUAUUCCUAUCCCAGUAGCCAAGAAGCUGUUAGGACAUCUCUCUUAAAUUAGCAUUUAUAGACUCUGAAUGUUUCCAUCACCUAGUGGAAAAAGCAUAACUUUUACUGCUACAUUGCUGCACUUCAUUUACUUCACUGUAUAAUAAGUUGACUAAAACUGUAAAGCUUCUCAAUUUUUACUGCAUAUGUGUUCCAAUUAACAUAUCUGUAACAAACUUAAGACUCAAAAAUUAUUUCUGACCUAUAUUCUAGUUCUAUGAAGCAUAUAUACUAUAAGGUAUGUCUGACUGAAUAUCAUAAUGCUAUAACUUCCCAAGAUGCAUAGAAUUGUUUGUAUUUGAAGUGACAAAAUAAAAGCCCUUGAUUUCUUUUUUAAUAGAAGGAAGUAAUUUACCCCUUAAAUGUAACACACUGCUGCUCACUUCAAGGGCAUUUCGUUCCCCUGUUCUGCCAUACAACUGUGCAGUGACACUCUCUGGCCCAUGCUAAAGCCAAUCAGACAGGGUGAUCUAAAGAGACCUUCUGGCCUUAAGUUUAAACUCAACACAACUCAGUGAAGCCCUGAGUUUAAACUCAAUACAAAAAUUAGCAGACUAGUAAGCAAAUACAUCUUGCAAAUAGCCAUGUGAGGAGGGCUGGAUGCAAACAGCCCUGGGGCACUGGCAGGGAAUCAUUCCCUCCCCAGGUCCCACAGGGUGCACUCUGUCCCAGAAGCCAGUGAGAAAUAAAACAGGAGAAGGCACAGAAGGAGCUCCUGGAGCAAGGCCUGGAUGCAAAGCAGCCAGCACAGAGCAGCAGAGGGAGGCAGGGACUCCCCUCUGCUCCUCUCUACCCUCCCACCAGGGCACACGUCUGUCCUGCCUCGGGACUGGCCAUGAGCACGUCGCUCCCCAUGUGUCUCUGGGCUCUCCUGUGUAUCACGGAUUAAUCCCGUGCAAAAUGAGCACCCCAGCGCUGAUUCCUUCAGGGCUAUUCAAGCCUGUUCCUUCAUUCUUUGGCUUUCAGGGGAAAUGGCUAAAAUAAUAAUUAAUUGCUAGUGUUGAUCCCAAAUAAUGCAAAAUGCUGAAGACAUAAGGAAAACAUGAGUUAAAACUGCUUUUUAACUACUGACUGCACAACAAAAAAUAUUCCAUAAUUUAGUGCAUGAAUCUCAGAAAAAUUAUUUUUACUUUUGAAAGAAAAAUUAUCUUUAAGCAAACUGCCAGUAAACAAAUACAGGGAAUUAGAUAACUUUUCUAUCUAACCAGGGUACCAAUGUGGCACUGACUUCACCUGGAUGUCAGACAAGUAAAUUUAUGUGUGAAUCUGGGAGCAUUUAAAACAAAUAAUUUUUUUUAAUCUGAAACUGUGCUUGUAACUGGAUGUAGAAUAUUCUUCUGACUUCUAAAGGACCAGGACUAGCUGGUCAAAAACCCCACCCAAAUCAGUCAAUCACCAUAAACAUCUUCCCCGUACCUGCUAUUUAACUGAAGGGGAUGGAAGGUAAAAACCAAGUAGUUCACACAUGAGGCAGCAUAAACUCAUUUAAGGGCCCACUUCAGACAGGUUUUUUAAUCUCUGGUUAGUCCAACCAGUGUCAGCUGGAAAAUGCACAUCCUCAGGGGCCAGAUGCAUUCAGGAGUCCCUGUUAAAUGGUGUCUCAGUGAAGCCCAUCCUCAUUCUCUGCUCUUGUUGGCUCACAACCACACCCACACCUCAAAGCCUGUGAAAGGGUUUGUUAUCUGGAUGUGCUCUCAUAUCACAUCUUUAUUUGCUCCUUGAGUUUACCUCUAUCCCACAUUAUAGCAGUCAUGGCACUUUUGCUGUGACAGAAAUCACCAAAACAGGGUUUCUCUGUAUUAUAUUAUUUUGUUUAGCAUCAUGGUGAUGUUGUAAUGUAAAAACCCUUUCUAAAUACACACAAACAUUGCAAAAGAAGUGCCAUCACAAGGCAUCACAACCCUGCCAGGGCAGCUCAGUGAAUAUGUACAAUUUGUACACAGUCAGAAGGGAGAGACAUACCAGGAUGUACAUCAUUAAAUGUUGACUCAGUAAGAAUAGUAUGUCUUAUCUUUUUAAAUGUUAUCACCUUCCCAUCCCACUCCAUUGUAACUUGUCAAUUGUAAUUUCUUUUUAAGUCAAAAAACUGUAAAGAAAACUGUUGAAAUACCUGAUUUUCUGUAAAAGUAAUAAUAACAAUAAUUUUUGUUACUUCAAAGUAUGCUUGGUAUUAAAGUACCUAAUAAAGUUCAACAAAGACUUUUGUAGCAUACUAAAAUAAA